GACCUGCGAAGGAUCCGCUCAGUCAUGGGAGUGCGUUACCUCGCCCGAGAGAUUUCCGUUAUCAAUAAUUUAAUCUGCUCCGAGGCUGAAGAGAGCGGAGACUCAGUGCGGCUGCGGCCAAAGUGCGCCGGGAAUUAACGCGGAGAAAGCAAUCCGUUUGCGCACUGGGACGUUUCCUAUUUAAAAACCAUCCCUGAUGACACUCUUUCGUUGAAUGUCUCUCUUUAGCACUGGAAACUAAAAGUUCCAACAGGUCAGAAGAGUGAUGACCAUCCUGUUCCUUACUAUGGUUAUUUCAUACUUCAGUUGCCUGAGAGCUGCGCCCAUGAGAGAGGUGCCGGGCAUCGUGGGGGGCCACCGAGCCGAAGGCUUUCUGGGGGCCGCCCGGGGCCAUGGGACUCCACCCAGCGGGGGGGCGCUGCCCUCACUCACGGACACAUUCGAGCAGGUGAUCGAGGAGCUACUGGAGGUGGAGGGGGAGGCAGCGCAAGGUCAGGGAGGGGGGGGUCCCAGCAACGGCGCCGCGGCCGAGUCGAAGGAUGUCGACACGUAUGCUUCGCGAGUGGUGAUCAGCAACCAAGUGCCUUUGGAGCCACCACUGCUCUUUCUCUUGGAGGAAUACAAAAACUACCUGGACGCCGCCAACAUGUCCAUGCGCGUUCGGCGCCACUCGGACCCGGCGCGGCGCGGCGAGCUCAGUGUGUGCGACAGUAUUAGCCAGUGGGUGACGGCCGUGGACAAAAAGACAGCGAUUGAUAUGUCCGGCCAGACGGUGACUGUUCUGGAGAAGGUCCCGGUGGCCAACGGGCAGCUGAAGCAAUACUUUUACGAGACCAAAUGCAACCCACUGGGUUACACGAAGGAGGGCUGUAGAGGAAUAGACAAGCGGCACUAUAACUCACAAUGCCGGACAACCCAGUCGUACGUGCGAGCCCUCACCAUGGAUAGCAAACGGAAGAUUGGCUGGAGGUUUAUACGGAUAGACACUUCGUGUGUAUGCACAUUGACCAUUAAGAGGGGGAGAUAGUGUACACAAUGUAUAGAUUUUAUUGAGAGUUCUAAAGAGAGAGAGAGAGAGAGAAAAGAGUAAAUAUCUAUUUGUAUAUAUACAUACAGGGUAAAUUAUUCCGUCAGAUGAAUUUUAUGGACUGCAUGUAAAAAAGAUGAAGUUUAUACAGUAAAAGUGAUACUACAGUCUAUUUAUUGAACAUAUUCAUGACCUUGUAAACAAUUAAAAAAAGAUCUGAUCAGUCAUCUGCGCCCAGUUCAAAUUACUAUAUCACAAUCCUCAAGAUAGUGUGGUUUUUUCAUUACGUUGCCAAGAGAGGGAUAAGGGAAGGAGAGAGGAGAGAGAAUUAUUGAAGAGAAAAAAAACUUGCAUGCUGCUUCAAUUGUGAAUAUAAACAAACCCUGACCAUCUUCAAAAAAAAAGGAAAAAAAAAAGCAAGAAAAAGCUGUUUCAACCAAAUCAUUCAGUUUACAUUCUCAGUGACCGGGCGUCCUCCUCUACUUUAUCUGUUUCCUAUUCUAAAGCUCUCAAGGUAAUGUUGGAAUUACAUACUAUGUCAAGGUGCUGUUGUCAAAGCUUUGCUGUUUAUUUUUUUAUUCCCAAGAAAGAUGAAAGAAGAAAAUAUAUAUAAA